AAAAGUUCCUUUUUGUGCGUGGUUCGCGUGUGAUUCUUAAUCACGUUGUAAACUUAUUUGUUUUUCCAUGAAAUAGUUACAAUUACAUAAAAAUGGGAAAGUUAGAUGUUGCUAUUUUGCGUUAUUUAACGCCCGAAGACUUCCGUGUGUUGACAGCGGUUGAAAUGGGCAUGAAAAACCAUGAACUGGUUCCUGCAUCCUUAGUGGCAUCAAUUGCGAACCUCCGUCACGGCGGUGUACAUAAAUUAAUGAAGGAAUUGUGUAAACACAGGCUACUGAGUUACGAACGGGGUAAACAAUAUGAUGGUUACCGUCUCACCAACUCAGGCUACGAUUACCUGGCCCUGAAAGCCCUGACGAACCGUAAAGUUAUUGCCUCCUUCGGUAAUCAGAUUGGCGUAGGCAAGGAGUCCAACAUCUACACCGUCGCUGAUGAAGACCGCAAUCCUUUGUGCUUGAAGCUUCACAGGCUAGGCCGAACCUGCUUCCGCAACAUAAAAGACAAGCGCGACUACCACGCGCACCGCAACCGCGCGUCGUGGCUCUACCUGUCACGCAUCUCUGCCACCAAGGAGUUUGCAUACAUGAAGGCUCUCUACGACCGUGGUUUCCCAGUCCCCAGGCCUGUCGAUUUCAAUAGGCAUUGUGUUGUCAUGGAUUUGAUUGCUGGGGGGCCUUUAACCCACGUAACAGAAGUAGCAGAUCCGGAAUCCCUCUACGACGAGCUGAUGAACCUGAUAGUGCGUCUGGGCAACUGCGGCGUCAUCCACGGCGACUUCAACGAGUUCAACAUCAUGAUCGAUCUAGAAGGACACCCCAUCAUCAUCGAUUUCCCGCAGAUGGUCUCUACUUCGCAUCCUAACGCUGAACUCUACUUUGACCGUGACGUCAAGUGCAUCCGCGAAUUCUUCAAGAAGCGGUUCGGCUUUGAGAGCGAGAUGUACCCGCAGUUCAGCGAGUUGGAGCGAGACGACGAAUUGGACCGCGAGAUCGCCUGCUCCGGGUACAAGCGAUCCAAAGACGUCGAGGAUGAAUUGCUUGAUCAAAUGGGUGUUCGUCUUCAAGUGAGCGACGAUGAAGCCAGCGGGUCGGAAGAAGAUGAUGCAGAGCAAGAGAACAUGAACACUGCAGCUGCCAAUUACACUGAUGAUCAACUGGCUGCGCUGAGGAAAGAGGUUGAAGCGUCAAUAAAAAACGAUGAGAAGAAAGCCACACUAGAUGCUGUCACAGCCAAAACUGUCAACCUCGCAAUAACAGAUACAGAUGAACCACCAACUCUCGUACUCGCAACGAAAGAGAUCGAAAAAGACAAAGAAAAUGAAGACAAAAGAAAGAAAGAAGAAGAAGACACAAUAGGAGAACCUCUAGACAGAAACUCACAGAAGUACAGACUAGCUAUGAUUGAAAAAGCACUAUCGGAUGUCCGAACAAUGAGAUCGUACACAUCAGCAAGCACAAUCGCCCCGGACGUAGUGAAACUACAAGUGAAGAAGAAUCUAGAAGUUCGACAGAAGAAGAUGGAUAGGAAGAAGAUUAUUGCAAAAGGAGAAGCAAGUGCAGUAACAAGACAGAGAAGAGAUAACAAAGAGACGAUAAGAGAGAGUCACGGGUUAUGGGGAUGGGCGGAAUAAAGGUUGCGUUUAUUUGGAAUAUAUUUUAUUAAGUUUAGUGUAUUAAAUAUAAUAUAAUGUUAACGUAAGUAA